UUCCAAUAGCCACUUUCCUUUACUUAAAUAGUAAUACUCCCCUGCAUAUUGAAGACUCAUAGCUCUCUUUCAUGUCAUCCUCCAUGUUGUAGCUACAACAGCAGCCAUCGCCAUGGCAUCCCUCCACCUCUCUCCUUCUUACUAUUCAUAAAAAUCAAUUUUUUCUUCGACUUUUUUCCUAAUUCUUCUCUGUUGAUACCUCUGAAGAAAAGGGGGGAAAACAGAGCAAGCGAGAUUCAUGGGGGUGCACCUGCAGUUGCUCCAUGUCCGGCGAGGAGAACUGGAAGGAGGAGGAGGAGGAAUAAGGAAGGGGUGGAUUGGGAUAUGGGUGGGCGCGGAAGGGGAGGAGCGGAGGCGAUUCGAGGUGCCGGUGGAGCACCUGAGCCACCCGCUGUUCGUGGAGCUGCUCGAGGCGGCUGAGGAGGAGUACGGCUUCCGCCAGCAGGGCGCCAUCACCAUCCCCUGCGCCGUCGACCACUUCCGCCGCGUCCAGACCAUCAUCCACCGCGACUGCAGUUACAACCACCACCACUUCCACCUCUGUUUCCGGCCAUCGUCGUCGUCGUCGUCGAUGGAGCCGUAAUUAAUUGAUGCCGAUUACUCGUAAACUCUUAAGUGUUUUCAUUAAUUUCUAAUCGGAAGUGUUAAUUAACCAUUGAUUCUAUGUCAUGUAUUCUUUUUCUUGUU